AUGGCAUUUGGAGUUUACCUACGACUACUUGGCGAAGCGAAAAGUAUUGAAGAAUACAACAAAUCAGCUCCCGUGCCGCAGUUUCAUUUGCGCGAAAUGAACAGUGAAGGUUGGAUCGUGGAAAUUCAGGGCCCUAUGGAUAGUGCAUUCGAGGGAAGAACGGUCCAAUUCGAGUUGACGUUCACGGAAGAGUAUCCGUUUGUGCCACCGAUGAUUCGAUGCCUCGACGAGAUGGAGGGCACUUCUUUCCAAAAAAAUGAACUGUUGCCUUUUGAAGGAUUCAGUCACGACGAGUGGUCGCACACAAUAAAAGUAGUUCAAAUUCUUCUGACGAUUCAAGGCAUAAUGGGAACUACGAAAAAGAAACCGACAAAGGACGCAGAGAAUCAUCGAGCCGCCAGUCCCCAGCAUGAGGAAUCUCUUCGACCGAUGCCCAUUUACCAAGAAAGUACACAGUCGGAAAAUGAAAAUCAGGAAGUUGAUGAUUAUCAAAACCUGGAAAUUGUGGAUAUAAAAAGCGAACAAGAGCGAAGUCCAGAGAAAACCAAAGAAGAGCCCACGAAGCGCAGAGUCCGGAAAAGAUCAGCGAAAAAUGCCCUGCUUCCAGUCAAGGUCCCCGAUCAAAGAAAACUGCUCCGGGCUGGAAUCUCAUAA